CAGCACAUGUCAAACUAAGGAGAACAGUGAGAAGAUGUUAAACUUUCUAUCGCCCUCUCCUCGUGACAAACACUCCCCCUGACAACUGAAUAAGGAGGUGGGACGUCUAUAGAAAAGCAACUAUUCACUGGCCAACUCCAUUCUGCUCCCAGGAAUCUUACUUGCGAAGAAAACCUGUGGAGGAUUCCAAGAAGCCUCUUCCCGGGGCGUAGACGUCAGUGCUGAACCUGUCUGCAGGGAGUGACUAUCCAGGGCUGGUUUUCUCACAGUCCCUGCCCGCUCACUAAGUACACACAUCUCCUGCCAGAAAAGUCAACUGCAACUUAAGAGAAUGUACUGUGGUCUAAAAUGGGUCUCAAAGCACGUUCUCCAACAGGGUGGACUGAAGGCUGGGUGUCCCAGUAUACCAUGCCUACAUGCUGCAAAAAGGACAGGACUUAAGGGACAAAUCUGGUGGCAAAGGAACUCAUCUCAAAGUUGUUGGAGGAUCAGGACACAACCAACCUGUUCUGUCGGACACUGCAAACACCUCAGCAGAGCUUACACUUCUGUGUGUCUGGAAGGCUAUGACCAGGUAUUCAACUCUUCAGUGCAAAACCCCCAAAGAGUAUGGGGGCGGGCAGCCGAAAAUAUUGCGUGGUUUAAGCCAUGGACUAAGAUUGUGGACAACUCCAAUCCUCCCCUCACAGAAUGGUUCGUUGGCGGAGAACUUAAUAUUUGUUACAAUGCUCUUGACCGUCACAUUGAAAAUGGAAGAGGGAAUCAAUUUGCAGUUAUCCAUGAUAGUCCUGUUACCGGCACCAAGCAAGCUAUCACUUACCAAGAGAUCUAUGAACAGGUGUCCAGGCUAGCUGGUGUUAUGACAAAAUAUGGAAUCAAAACCGGGGACAGAGUUGUCAUAUAUAUGCCAAUGAUACCCCAGGCAAUGUAUGCAAUGCUGGCAUGUGCUAGAAUUGGUGCUAUACAUAGUUUGAUAUUUGGAGGGUUUGCACCCAAGGAGUUAGCCGUGCGCAUUGAUCAUGCAAAGCCAAAACUAAUUGUUACUGCAUCAUUUGGCAUUGAGCCUGGCAGAAGAGUCGAAUACAUCCCUCUUGUGGAAAAAGCACUUGAGAUGGUACAGCACAAGCCUGAAAAAGUAUUGGUCUACAGCCGACCAAACAUGGAACAAGUGGCUCUCACUCCUGAACGUGAUCUUGAUUGGACAGAGGAAAUUGGAAAAGCUCAUCCCCAUGAUUGUAUUCCUGUUCCAGCGAGUCACCCUUUGUAUGUUCUGUAUACAUCAGGCACAACAGGACUGCCAAAGGGUGUUGUAAGAAGUACAGCCGGCUAUGCGGUGAUGUUGAACUGGACAAUGUCUGCUGUCUAUGGAAUGAAACCGGGUGAGGUAUGGUGGGCAGCCUCUGAUUUAGGCUGGGUUGUCGGACACUCAUAUAUUUGCUAUGGACCGUUAAUGCAUGGCAACACAUCUGUGUUGUAUGAGGGAAAGCCAGUGGGAACCCCAGAUGCAUCGGCAUAUUUCCGUGUGCUGUCUGAGCAUGGAGUAGCUGCCAUGUUUACUGCUCCAACUGCAAUUCGAGCCAUUCGUCAGCAAGACCCAGAAGCUGCCUUAGGAAAGCAAUAUUCAUUGUCGAAAUUCCGGACUCUGUUUGUUGCUGGAGAACGUUGUGACGUAGAAACAUUACAAUGGGCUAAAAGAAUUUUCAAAGUUCCUGUGCUGGAUCACUGGUGGCAAACUGAAACAGGAUCCCCUAUUACAUCAACAUGUAUUGGUCUGGGAAAUUCAUUGACACCACCUCCAGGGCAAGCCGGGAAGCCUGUUCCAGGGUACAAUGUUAAAAUAGUGGACAACCACAUGCAAGAAGUGAAGUCAAACACCCUGGGGAAUAUUGUAGUCAAGUUACCUUUGCCUCCAGGGGCAUUUUCAACACUUUGGAAAAAUGAAGAAAUGUUUAAAAGUCUCUAUUUUGAGAAAUUUCCAGGAUAUUAUGACACUAUGGAUGCAGGGUACAUGGAUGAAGAUGGAUACGUGUAUGUAUUGUCAAGGGUUGAUGAUGUCAUCAAUGUUGCAGGACAUAGGUUAUCUGCAGGAGCCAUUGAAGAGUCUGUUCUACUACAUAAGUCGGUAGCAGACUGUGCCGUAGUUGGCUUGGAAGAUCCUUUGAAAGGACAUAUUCCACUGGCACUGUGUGUACUACAAAAUGAUGUAGAAAAAUCAGAAGACAAAAUAUCCGAAGAAAUAGUGUUGCUAGUUAGAGAACAUAUUGGGCCAGUUGCAGCAUUCCGGAAAGUGAUCAUUGUAAAGCAGCUACCCAAAACACGUUCUGGCAAGAUUCCUCGUUCUACUCUCUCUUCACUAGCUAAUGGCAAACCAUACAAGAUUGGCUCAACCAUAGAGGAUGCUAGUGUGUUCAAAGAUAUUGAAGAAGCUAUACAAGCAGGACUGUGAAUCUUGGAGAGACAUUUGUGGUCCAAACCUCUUUAGUGCAAAGAAGUAACUAUAACAGCUUAAUAAAGCUAGGAAAUUAAAGGGGUUUUCUGGGACUUCUCUAUUGAUGGCCUAUCCAUAGGACAGGUCAUGAAUAUCAAGUUCUGUAUCCUGGCUGGUGUGACUCCUGGCACUCCCACCUAUCAGCUAUUCUACAGUAGCUCUGGUGCCAGAAACAGGCAUCAAAACUACACAGCUGCAUUCACUUCAAUAGGGCUGAGCCCGGUACCAAGCACUGCUGCUAUACAAUGUAUGGUGCUGUGCUUGGUAAACCGCGCCAGUGCCUUCUCAAAUAGCUGAUUGGCGAGGGCCCCAGGACC